AUGUCUUCCUCACCACGAAACCCGCCCUUCCGAGCAGAGCACAUCGGCUCACUUCUGAGACCAGAGGAGCUGGUCAAGCACCGAUACGCCGUCGCCGACAAGUCUGCCACUCCGGAGUCGCUGGUGCCGGUAGAACAGAAAGCCAUUAAAGAUGUCGUGAAGCUGCAGCAGGACUGCGGCAUACAGUCCAUCACCAAUGGCGAAUACAGCCGACACCAGUUCUGGGGCACCUUCUUCGAGACAUUAAAUGGUAUGGAAGAGAUCAACCUGCGAGAGUCUGGGUACGAUCAGUCCAUCUUCCGUGCCUAUGCACCAGACGUGAAAUCCUUCAUGCACGCAAAGACGAUUCCCAACAGUGUGACCGUGGCCAAUGGCAAGAUCUCGCAUACGGGGAAGUCGUCUUUCCUCCCGGAACUGGAGUACAUGAAGAGCGUUCUGCCGAAGGACCAGUGGAAGAACAUCAAGCUUACCUUGACCAGCCCAUCAUGGUACCACUUCCGGUAUGCGCCAAACAAAGCCUACACUAAGGGCGUCUACGCCAACGACGAUGAGUACUUCGCAGAUGUAGCCAAGGCAUACCAGACGGAGCUCAAGAUCUUGUACGACGCCGGCCUGCGCAACGGCCAGAUUGAUGACCCAAACCUUGCUUACUUCUGUUCCGACGCUAUGUUGGAGGGCUGGAAGAACGACCCGGAGAAUUUCCAGACCGCUGACGAGCAGUUUGAUGCGUACCUGAAGUUCUAUAACGCCUGCAUCGAACGGCCUUCGGACUUUCACAUGGGCAUCCACCUGUGCAGAGGCAACUACGUCGGCUCCAAACAUUUCAGCGAGGGAGCGUAUGAUCGCAUCGCCUCUAAGAUGUUCAACAACCUCAACGUCUCGACCUACUACUUAGAGUACGACACACCUCGCGCGGGAGGCUUCGAACCACUCAAGUAUCUGCCCAAGGACAAGAAUGUUGUGGUCGGUGUGGUUACUUCAAAGUUCCCGGAACUGGAGGACAAGAAGGAGAUGGUCGACCGAGUCUACAAAGCAGCAGACUAUAUUGCGGAGGGUUCCAAGUGCAGCCGGGAGGAGGCACUGCAGAGGUUGUCGGUCUCGCCUCAGUGCGGUUUUGCGUCCCAUGCCGAAGGCAACGCUCUAGGAUACGAAGACAUGAGGAAGAAGCUGCAGUUGGUGAGGGCCAUUGCAGACGAGGUUUGGGCAGGCCAGCCGUAA